AUGGACGCACAGCCAUCCACCACGCAGGACACGGGCGAUGUCAAUGGUCCACUGCAGAGCCCCGAGUCCUUCAACGAGGACAGCGAAGUCGAUCCCCAGGAUACGACCCUUGCCACCAAGCCCUUCCGAAUUCUCGACUUGCCGUUUGAGAUCCGCAAGAUGGUUUACGAACACCUCUUUGUUGGCGCGCGACUCAUGAUUGACGUUCCUGGAAAUGGACGUCGCCUAAGGGUUCACCUUGGCGCGUAUCAAACGCAAACCUCCAGACUGCCAGGAGCACUAAUCGUCUGCAAGCUCAUCAGAACAGAGUCCUUACCGAUAUUCGCCAGAAGUCUGAGGCCCGAGUUCUACGAUUCAAAGACCUACGGCUGGCCUCCCGUCACACCACCAGCCCGUCGAGUUCCGGCGCACUACUUGUGUGAAGCACGGUCUAUCUUUGUCAGCACACCUGACAGCGAUGUAGUGUCGCUAUUGACCAUGCCAAAACUCGAAGAAGUGCACUUUGGUGCCGACCUGAAGCACUUGGUGAAGUACCCAGAAGACGGAGCACCUCUCCCGAACUACAUUCGCAAAGGUGUUAUUGACAUGUACGCGGAUGACUUCGAGGAGGAGUGUCGCGAUAUUGAGGCCUUGAAAGCAUCACCAGUCAGGAUUUUGCUAGGCUGUCACAUCAUCUACUACACCAUAGGCAAGCCGGCAUCACAUGGCCUAGAUUUUACCCUCGAUUAUCGCACCCGAACCAUCAUCGAAAGAGGCGAACUGAUCGAUAAUCACAUCCCAGCGACGCAGGCUCCGGUCAGCUCGUAG